AACAUACAGAAGAAGUGAAAAUGUAAAAGAUCUAUCACUUAUUUUAAAAUUAAUAUUAUCAACUUAAAAAUCACAAAAUCUACUUCUUCCCACAAAUUAAAAGUUAGAGUGUUCAUUUGCAGAAACAACAGAUAGUUAAACCAAACACAUAAGAAAGAGAUUGCCGGUAUAAACAGUUUAGGAGCCAGAAUUGUUCAAAGGUAAAGAAAACUUCAACUUUAUACUAUUUAUUAUUAUUAUUAUUGCAGGAUACAGCUAUAAACAUACACGUUUUUGCUGCAUGAAAGUAAAACCUAAUCUAACCAUAAAUUUGAUUUAGCCUAUAAAUAUACAUUCAAUUCACAGUAGUAGAGCACAGCAUAAUAGCAUAUACAUACAAACUAAAAAUCACUCUCUUCAUUCCUUCUUCCUUUCAUUACAACUAAUAAACAAUCAAACACUAAAAUACUCAGUAAUAAUGGUUAAUGCUGAACGCAUGCAUGUAAUAAUGCUUUCUAAGAAGCUGUUGGUUCUAUUAGUGGUUCUCUCAGUUUCAUCGUCAUUGACUUCAGCAUCUUUGACUGUGGGUUUCUAUAAAAGAACAUGUCCACAUGCUGAGGCAAUUGUGAGAAGCGCUGUGAACAAAGCCAUUUCCCUUAACGAAGGAAUUGCUCCUGCCUUGAUUAGAAUGCACUUUCAUGAUUGCUUUGUCAGGGGUUGUGAUGGUUCUGUAUUACUAGAAUCCACUCCUGGAAACCCAGCUGAGAGAGACCACCCGGCCAACAACCCAAGUCUACGUGGCUUCCACGUCAUCGAAGAAGCUAAGGCCCAAAUAGAGUCCCUGUGCCCUGAAACGGUGUCGUGCGCAGACAUUCUUGCCUUCGCCGCACGCGACAGCGCUUACAAAUCCGGCGACAUUAACUACGCCGUACCGGCAGGCCGCAGAGACGGGCGAGUCUCCAUCAGCCAAGAAGUAACAGAAAACUUGCCUGCACCAACCUUCAACGCCGACCAACUCAUAACCAACUUCGCAAGAAAAGGCUUGUCCGCUGAUGAACUCGUUACUCUCUCGGGAGCGCAUUCCAUUGGUGUAUCUCAUUGUUCUUCAUUCUCCAACCGCUUAUAUACACCCUUGCCUCAAGACCCUCCUAUGGACUCCGAGUUCUCCUCAUUGUUGAAAACCAAGUGUCCUUCUAACGUUAAUGGCGAUGGUGGAUUUGAUCCGACGGUGGUGAUUGACGCAUUUACGCCAAAGCGGUUGGACAAUAAGUACUAUAAGGGAUUGAUGAAGCAGCGUGGGUUGUUGAGUUCGGAUCAAGCGUUGUUGAGCAGUGAAUCAACUAGCGAAAUGGUGGUAAGCAAUGCUAAACACGGUUUGCAUUGGUCAGUGAAGUUUGCAAAGGCUAUGGUGCGUAUGGGGUCUAUUGAUGUGCUUACAGGCGAGCAAGGCGAGAUUAGGAGACACUGUAGCCUGGUUAACUAAGGCUGUGUUUGGUUUGUGUAUGUAUUAAGACAUAGAUAUUAAAACAUAGACAUAAAAUAUUUGUAUUUGUGUAUAGUGUUUGGAUAUAAUAAAUAUGAUAUUAGAAGAGUGUCUAAUAUUGUGUUUGUUUUAAAGAAUAAGACACUACAUAAUUAGUAAA